AUGCAUUGAUGGAGUUAAUUAUCAUUAUAUGGAAGAGAGGUGAUAGGGUCGAAAUUCAAGACUGAAUGCUUUAUUCGAAAUCUCGACGAGUUUCCUUUUUGAAGAGCUGACAGUGUUUUUCUCAAGUUGCUGGAACCAGGACGAUGAUGGAGGCAGGUAGCUACGGAGAAGUUUGGGGGCACGGCGAAGGAGAGGAAGGGGUAUACCAACCACGUGUUACUCUGUACUCAGCAUCUUCGUCAAGUAGUUCCUCACCGAGUCAGGGGUCCCCUUUCGAACCUUUCGAUGGUAUUACAAAACUUCCGACCAAUGAUAACGAUGAGAUGAAACUUUUCGCUGGUCCCGGGGAGCCUGACACACUCGCUUUGGUACCAGUCACCUCAUGGUACAGCGAACAAAGGUACAUACCAAUCUCCGCGGAGGUACCCUGGGAAAGUCACGUGACUUCAUACAAAUGUAAUACAGGAAGUUUUAGGGUACCAGUGGUGAGCAAAACUGCACCACCAGUGAGUUCUGGUGAACCGCUGGUAAGUGAAGGUGUAUCGGAGGUGUCAUCGCAUGUGCCUUUGAAGACGCAGCAUGCUGCUUACACGUAUGAAACCAAGGACAGCUUCCAUUUUGCAGGUGAUGAUAGAUGGAUCAAUGGUAUACCUCAAUAUAGCCAUGCUGUGUUUGGUGGUACUGCCGGAACACGUGGCACCAUGGUAGACAGUCGUGGUGGCCAAUGUCUUGAACCUGGUAAAAGGCCACAAACUCACACCAAACAUUGCUUUAAGGGUAAGAAUACUGAGGCCUAUCAUUCUACAGCUGGUGACACACCUAAUACCAAUGCUUCUCGCAUGGCCGUGUCUUACAAAUGUCUUCCACGUGGAGCCAAGCGGUGCCUGGAGGGUGCCUUUGAUAAUUGCACCAAGACUGUAAUGUACCCUCCACCUCCUGAUUUCAACCUCUUUGAUUUCUACUGUGAUGGUAAUUAUCCCCAACAGAGGUAUGGAGGAAUUCCCCUGUACCACACAUGGAACAGUACCAACCAUGGAACGCACCAGGAUAUGGUUUCCUUGGAUACCUCUCGAGUCGGUGUACCAUCUGAACCUUGUAGAAGACCAUUGUCGCCCUUAGAUAAAGGUUUCACUUUCAGAGAGAUGAUCCAUCCGCAUGUGCACCCUACACUAGCCGACGGGUGUACGUUGGUAACUGAUGUACGCAGUGUCCAUCAGAGUCGUCUACCAAAACAGUUUCAGAGGUACCCUUUGAGCCAAGGAUCAAGGACAGCAUACUGGUUAAACAACUAUCGUUUCCCUAAUGAAGACGUGCGAAACCAUCAGGAAGAGUCCAACGAGUCAUUGACAGAUGUACAGAGGGAUGACUGUUCACCGCAGAGGGCGGGCCAUACAAUCUGUGACGAGGUAAAGAUCCUCGACGGUAAUCCUACAGGCAAAAGUGAGUGGACCACCUGUUCGGGAAAGUUUGGCGAGAGUGAUCUUGACGUUGCCAUAUCCUCUUCAUCGCGAGUGUCCGCGGUAGGACGGAUUGAACGAACGAGUGGAUCAUCCUUAUCGCAUCCUCUUCAGUCGACACGUUUUCUUAGAAGGGCCACAUCGCAUCAUACGCGAGUCACACAGUGUCAGAGCGAUCAUCCUGAGCCAUUGGGACUACCACCCUUUGAGGGGACAUUCAGCUCGUCCAGUCUGACGUCAUUCUUGCGUCACAGCUCCGGUCCGGGUGCGAGGGAGAAGGAAUCGUCUGGCGAGUUGCGUGAAGCUACGCCGCGUCCGGUUUCGGAGUUUGGAGAAGGGGAGUGGGAGAAGAUGACAAACGAGAGUCUGAAACUGCUUCAGAGGGAAGCUAAUGACAGUAUCCACAAGGAGCAUACACUGAACGCUAUGCACGGGACUACAACAAGCCACACUGGACCAAUGCACCUGCACAACGCGGUCCGUGCCGCAGCGGCCCAUGGCGUUGGCGUCGGAGUGAUGGAGGAGGCGCAUCGGCGUCUGACCGCGAUGCAAUCGCCGACCGCGUCAAGUCCGGGGACUGUUAAAAACGAAAUCAGCGACCACGGCUCUCCUGAGAGUGCACUCAACGGAUCCGUGGGCGAUGACGCCGCUGCGAAGAGGAAGAAGAGGAGGAAUAGGACGACGUUUACGAGUUUUCAACUGGAGGAGAUGGAGAAAGUGUUUCAAAAGACCCAUUAUCCGGACGUUUAUUGCCGGGAGCAGUUGGCCCUGAGAUGUGACCUCACAGAAGCUCGCGUUCAGGUAUGGUUUCAGAACCGUCGAGCCAAAUGGAGGAAGCGAGAGAGAUUCAGUCAGUUCAAUACAAUGAGAGCUAUGGCCACAGGAACCCCAUAUGAGAUGCCUAUAGCACCCAGACCAGAUGCUUACAGCACGAUGAAUAUGACUGGUUCAUCAGCAUGGAACACUAGCCAGUUAGGAAACUUCGGAGCUGGGCUACAAUCGCUCAACUCCACCACCAACCCCAUGCAGAACUGGGCCGGGCAAGCCGCGGCGACACAACUCACCUCAUCGUGCAUGGCCCCCACAACCACCAUGCCAAGCUACAUGGGCAUGCACUCAAUGACGUCAGACUUCGGCUUCAAGGCGAUGUCCAACCAACCGCACAACGCGGGCGCAACCGCGCACGGCCAGUCGCCGUCGGCCGCCGCGGCUGCAGCGGCAGCGGCGGGACUCUACUCCGGUCAGACCUCGCCAAGUAUACCGACGUCGUUACCGGGACACUCUCCUAUGAUGGGCUCCGGUGGUGUGGAACACGUGGAGACGGACCGACGCAGUAAUAGCAUCGCCGCGCUGCGGUUGAAGGCCAAGGAGCACAAUUUUGCCAUGGGGAUGAUAGGCGCUUAUUCUUAAACCAAAGAGACGAUCAACCUCUAAAUCGAGCGUCACUGUAGCGUCAUUGUAACGUCAUUUGCAUCACAUUGAAACCAUUAGUUCGA